AUGUCGGCCAUGGCUGCUGAAGGGCAAAAGGAAGGGGAGCUGGUCAUCAAUGCCUCUGGGGCUUUGGCUAGCAAGGAUGGCAACUGGGGUCCCGAAGUAGAUCAAGUCGUGUCGACCGUCUGGCAGAUGCUGAAGGAUGCUAAGCACCUAUUUCCUCCCACGGAAUCCAUGGUGCAGAUUACUGUGAGGUUUGGCAGCCGGACUUAUGUGAUCACGGGCAAGGCGGGGGCCUUGGGGCCCACGGGCCCUCUUGUCCUGGGCCUGGGAGAAGUGUCGGGCCAGCCUAACAAGCUCCUGAUCCAGGUGCCAAACGACGUCAAUGCAUUGAAGGGGGACGCUGCGCUGGAGGACUCUCCGACAAUCAAGGUAUGUGUCCGAGUUCGGCCGUUCAUCAAGGAGGAGGUGGAGGGGCAGCGAUCUGGCGGAGAAUGCAAGCUUUGUGUCGAGAUGCCGACAGAGACAUCUGUGAGGAUGUGGAAUCCUGAGGAGAUUGAAGAAGAUAUGCGCGGCUUCGAAUUCGACAGAUGCUACUGGUCGCACAGCUCAGACAAUCCUCUCUAUGCCACGCAGGAGACACUGCAGAAGGAGCUGGGAGAGACGAUGCUAGAGCACGCCAUGAACGGCUUCAACAACUGCAUCUUCGCCUAUGGCCAAACAGGCAGCGGCAAGUCCUACAGCGUGCUUGGCGGCAAGGGUGAAGAGCGGGGCCUGCUUCCUCGAGUCGUGGAGGGGUUGUUCGAUCACUUCGAGAAGCUUCCUGAGGGCGCUACAUACAAGACUCUUGUUGCGUUCAUGGAAAUUUACAACGAGCAGAUCCGUGACCUACUGGCACCUGCCACAGACAGUGAAAACAAGAAGCUAGAAGUGAAGCAGCACCCGGUUCUUGGAACCAUUGUGCCAGGUUUGACGGAGGCUGCGGUUGCAUCCUGUGAAGAGGUGCUAAACCUGGUGGACUAUGGCACACAGAUGAGGCAUGUCUCGGCUACGGCGAUGAAUGCGACAAGCAGCAGAAGCCACUGCAUCUUCACCUUCAAGACUUCACUAACAGAACCAGAUCAGCCAUCGAAGGUUUCGCAGACCCACCUGGUGGAUCUUGCGGGCUCAGAGCGCGCUGGCCGAACCAAAGCCACGGGCGACAGGCUCAAGGAGGGAGCCGCCAUUAAUCAGAGCUUGUCAACUUUGGCCAGGGUCAUCUCCGAGCUGGCGAAGUCCUCAAAGACGAAGAAGAAACCCAACCCUCCUUUCAGGGAGUCGAAGUUGACCUACAUUCUCAAGGAGUCCCUGUGUGGGAACUCCAAGACGGUCAUGAUGGCGGCCAUCUCUCCAAACUUCCUGGACUUCGACGAGACUUUGUCGACGUUAAAAUUCGCACAGUCCGUGAAGCAGGUGCAGACGAAGGCUGUUCAAAACGCGGUUAACAUGUCCAGCGUCGAGGCACAACUCCGUGCCGAGCUGAAUGCAUUGAAAUCACAGCUAAAGAUGUACGAGGAUGGAUCCCCCACUUCUUCUGCCAACGUCUCCUCCGAGGAGUUGGUGUUCUUGAAGAGGCGUCUGGAAGAGCAGGAACAGUUCUGUGCGUACUACGGCAAGGAUUGGGACAGCCUUCUCGCCGAGGAGAGGGAGCGCAUGGACACCCGGAGGACGUCCCUGCAUCCCUCCAAAUUGGGUGACAGGGUCAAGAAGUCUCCGUCAGACAAGCGGCAGGACCACAGCUCCGAUGAGGAUGCAGAUAUGGAGGAGGAUCAGGAGUCCAUCACCUGCUCCCUGUUGGAGCUCGGCAAGCCGCCCGACGUGUUGCCGCCAGGAGGGAGACCGUCUUUGUGCGCGCCGAUUCGCAGCUCGUUGGCGGUGGUGGGGCCGAUGGCUCAGAGCCUUCUCAGGGAAGGUGCACGGCCGCGUGCAGAGAACCUGAACAGGCGCCUGCUGGAGCUUUCGCAGUUGGCAGAGGAGACCCAGGAGCUCCUAAACCGCGAAAACGGAGGCGAGAUGUCGAUUCAAGUCCUUGUGGUGGUGGAUCCGCUGGACGAGGAGACCUUCGAGGCUGGGCCGUGGAGGUGCCCGCAGUGGCCCUUGCCCAUCUUUGGAUGGAUGCCUGUUCGAGGCGGGGUUGGUGGUGCAAGCGGCCUCCUCGAAAUCUUUACCGUCGUCCUGGGCAUGGUGACUUGGAUGAACUUUGGACACUUUGGACGAACUUGGAUGAAAGGUGUUCUGAGUCUGGAGCGUGGCCUUGAGAUGUGGCCAGGCCGUGGCUACGUUGCAGUCUGA